AUGCCUAGUACAGAUUUGACCCCACAGAGAAAGCGAAAGAGAGCCAGGACUGUUAUAUCAUGCACCGAAUGUCAUCGCAGAAAGCAAAAGUGCGAUAGACAGCACCCAUGUGCAAACUGCACACUCAGAUCUGCAUCGCACUUGUGCCAAUACGAAAGCAAAUCAGGCCCGAAUCAUAAUAGCAGAUCUUCUUCGGUUUCCCCGGUUUCUAGAAGCCCCAAGGGAGAGCCCCCAGGGUCUCCGGGUGAUAUGAUAUUGGGCGCAAAGGAUGUACCAGGGGGGUUUGGGUACAUUAGGUCGAGCGGACAUACACAUACGGCAUUGAAUGUACUAGAAAAGCUCGAUCUCGAUGGUCAUGGAAGCGUCAAUAAUUGGGUUAGGUCAAACCACCAGGUUGUUGAUAUAUCCGAUAGCGUGGAGUUAUAUCCGUACACAAAGCACAUUCGACAAAUACCACCUCGGCCUUACACCUCACUUCUUGUAAGGGUGUUUUUUCAGGAGUGUAACUGGAUUUAUGGCUCCCUACAUGAACAAACUUUCCUCAAACACAUGGAGGAGUGGUAUGACCAAUGCGCAUCGAACAACACACCAGGAAAUAAUGGGAAGAAGAAGAUACUUUCACAAUUCCCUGCGUUGCUACUGCAAGUGCUGGCCGUUGCUUUGCAAAUGCUUCCUGUGGAACAUUACAAGUUUAUGGCACAGCUUAACCUUGGCAAGGAGAACUUCUACAAUCUUAGUAUGACCUAUAGCAACACUGCAUGUGAGCUUGCAAGUCUGUUAUCAGCAAGCAGUCCUACCCUUGUUCGUGUUCAACAAUGGUUUCUGAGAAGCUCAUGGUUGAAGAGUGAGGGGAGAGCUGUGGAGUCAUGGCAUGCACUUGGACAGGCUAUCCGGGAGGCUCAAGAAAUGGGAUUACAUCGGGAGCGGCCUAAAAAAUACGCUGAAAGUAUAGCGAGUGUGUGGGAGCAAGAGAUUGAGAAACGGGUCUGGGUCAAUCUUUAUGUCUGGGAUCGAUUUAUGUCUAUGAUUCUUGGACGCCCUACAAUGAUCAAUGAUCGGCAUUGCAAUGUAACGCCGCCAAUUGAUUGCCCAAUCCCUCAAGAUCUCACCAAAGUGCCCCCCGUUCCUCGUGGGCCUCUAGAUCCUCCAAAUCCUUUCACAGAGCGCCUGUUAGAUUACCAACUAGCCCAUAUCAUAAACGAAAUUGAUGAUAUGGAGGUUAAAAUCCUUUCCUUCACGGAAUUCUUUCCACCAGCACUUGCGAUCCGGAAUAGAGAUAAUUCAUACGACCAACAAUACCCAUUCCUUUCAGCCCAGUGCGAGCUUCUCAAAGCUUCGGCUUUCUGCCUGAUAGUAGGGCUUCAUCGGCCUUUUGUUUUUACAAGAGACCGUUCGAAGAUGGAGCUUGUCAAGGCCUCAUUAGUCAUUCUUGAUUCACAAACCAGAGUACUCCAGAUGACAAAAGAACACCAUCACACUAUUUACACUCUUUGUUUCUUUACGUUUGAUCCAGCAGUUCUCAUUGCGGCGGUAAUAAUAACCUCGCCAGCAUCCUUAGAUCCCGAAAUGAUUGAGGCUUGUCUUAAAGCCCUGCGAGAAGGCCAAAGAAGACUAGAAAUGCUCGGUCAGAGGAUCAAAUUAGCGGAGAAAGGUGCUGCCGUGUUGAAAGUGCUUAUUUCGAAAGUGGAAGCCGCAAUUUCCAGCGUACACCGAAUAGACAGCUUCCCAAAUCGAGCCAGGAUUUCAUCAACAACAGAAUCUGAUUCUGGUGUCUCGAUAUCAUCAGGAGCUUCUCCAUACGCUUGUGGUCAGUCUCAUGGAUCGCCAGAGCCACCAGUUUCAUUCUCAGGUUCAUUGUCACAUUCACCAACCAUGUUAUCGUCGCAAUUACAAUUGCGAGAGAACAUGCACGGCAAUCCAGAAAUCCAGAGACCAGAGCAGAUGAGUGACUUUGAUUGGGCCUCGUAUACCAACGCCGUUGUGCCACACCGGGAUCUAAUGUCAAUGGAUCUGGAGGAGUUCUUCUCAAUGCCUGAAAUAUCCUCCGGUAACAUGGGGGACACCGCCGCAGCGACCCAUCAUGUGGUUAUGGAUCAGCACCACCACAGUCAUGGACAAGAACUUUACGGUUUUGGGGCGCCUGGGAGCGGCUGUGCGGUGGAAGAGCAGCAGAUGAUGAAUGGGAUGGGGGACAAUUUUUGGCAGAAUUUAUUGAAUGUGCAAUUCCAGUAG